CGCCUCCUGGAUUCAUUCAUCGUUUUUUUCAUUCACGGAGGUAGUGAGGCCUAGUCGAGAGCCAUGGAGAGCGUUGUCCCGGUCGCCAGCUUCUUCUACUGGGUGGGCGCGGGCACCGUGGCCUACCUGGCCCUGCGCAUCUCGUACUAUCUCUUCACGGCCUUUCGGGUCUGGGGGUUGGGUAACGAGACCGGGGUCGGACCGGGGCUCGGUGAAUGGGCAGUUGUCACAGGUAGUACUGAUGGAAUCGGAAAGUCAUACGCACAAGAGUUAGCAAAGCGUGGAAUGAAAGUUCUCCUCAUCAGCAGAUCACAGGAUAAACUGAACCAGGUUUCUAGUGAAAUAAGAGAAAAAUUCAAAGUGGAAACAAGGACCAUUGCUGUUGACUUUGGAUCAGAAGAUAUUUAUGAUAGAAUUAAAACAGGCUUGGCAGGUCUUGAAAUUGGUGUUUUAGUGAACAACGUGGGAAUGUCAUAUGAGUAUCCUGAAUACUUUCUGGAUAUUCCUGACUUGGAUAAUACCAUCAGGAAACUGAUAAAUAUCAAUGUUGUUUCUGUUUGUAAGAUGACACGAUUGGUGCUGCCUGGCAUGGUAGAAAGGUGAGUCAUGAGCUCACACACAAACACUAUGGAGGCAGAGCUCAUUAUUAUUUAUAGGGGAGAAUCCUUUCUUUGAAAAAUUCAUUAAAGUGACUAAUAAACCUAGCCUCCAUGUCUUAGCGACAGAGUAAUGUGCUGGGCAAGUCACACGGUGGAGCAUGAGUCAUCUGGUGGUGGAGGCCUUUUCCACUCGAUUCCCUUUUUAUUUUCCUCUCUAGAGUUGUGGUAGUUCCUUUAGAUCAGGAUUAAAAAGCCUGCCUGAGUCACCAUCACUAACUCAAUUGCCUGCUAUUUUGAGGGGGCUGAUAGAGUUCCUGGGAUGUUCCUGGGAAUACCUUCUUAAAGCUAUAUACACUCCUCAGUCAGAGCUCAGGUCAGUGAAGUUUCACCAAGCAAGGCCCCAUCCUCUGGUUUUUCCAUUCUUACUGGGAGAAUGGGUGUAUGCUAAACUUUGGCAUGUUAUUAAGUGAUUAAAAGAUGUCAGACCACCCCUUGGAGGAAAGAGCUGUGUCCACUACCCCAUCUAUGUUCUAGUUUGAAUUGGGUUCCACUAGGAUACAAUGUCUGUCUUUUCACUUUUAUUGAGAAAUGUGUUAUAGAGGUCUUAUAAUUGAAAUAGCAUGAAGAGUGAAAUUGUGACUAAGUUCUGCUCUUCCCUUGGAAAAACCUGAAUGAUGGCUAAGCCUUCAAAGAAAACCUACUGAAAAGAGCUGUUGCAUCUUGAGCUAGCUUGAUCAUUUGUUGAAUUUAGGGCUUCACGAUCAUCCUUUAUAAAAUGGCUAGGAGUUCGGAAGAGAUACAAAGGAAUUACAGCUUUGAAAAGGGAAGACCGAAGGACUAUACUUCUCUUAAGAAACCUCUAAGACCAGCGACUAGCAGGGGUUGCAGCUGAAGUUUAUUGAGCGCAUACUAUGUGCCAGGUGCUGUGCUCAUUUAACUUGGAUAGAUGAGAAAACUAUCUCAUCUAUUUUAUAGAUGAGAAAACU